AUGUCGACCAUUGCGUCGCCCCGGAUCUCACCGCGCCCUUCCCUCUCCCUCUCCUCCCGCCGUGGCUCCGCCUCGACCGACAACACCAUCACCUCCGCCUCCAGCAAACCCACCGCCUCCUCCGUUGCCGAUCGAGGAAGCCUUCGCCGGAAUCGCGCCGCACUUCGAGACUACUACAACCUCCAAACCACCGCUCAGGCUGCGUCAAUAUCUUCAGAACCACCCACACCGACCACUCUCGAUGCCGCACAAGAAUCGGAGCUGGACAAGCCCGGCUUCUCUCCCGAAGAAUAUGUCACUCACCUUCUCUCCAACUCAGGUCUGGAGGGUGUACUACGGGUCGAAGCGGGACUUGUGAGUGAUAUAAGGUCACUGGAUGGAGAGAAGAAAGCAUUGGUGUACGACAACUACUCGAAAUUAAUUGCUGCUACCGAAACUAUACGAAGUAUGAGAGAGAAGAUGGAGCCAUUGAGCCCGGGCACGAGUACAUUGAGUCCAGCUAUAGGACAUAUUGCCGAAACAGCGGCUGGGCUGAAGAAAGGACUGAGGGAGCAUGCCCAGCGUGGUGAAAAUGGGCUGCAGCAGGACAAGCAGCAGCAGAGAAAGCUGGUUAGAUGGGUCCUGGGUGCGCCGGAUAGGAUCGAGAGGAUGAAUAAUGAAGGCGAGAAAGAGGCGGCCCAAGAUGAGUGGAGGCAAGUGGAAAAAGUCUUGGACAAGUGGAAAGGCGUGGAUGGGGUAGACGAGGUUAAGAAGAGGUGUCUGGUCGUGUUAGAAGGUGACAGUGAGGGUUGA